AUGUCCGACUCUCCCAGAGACGACGGCCAGGCCGACCCCCGCGUCUCCAACGACUCCAGCGCCCCGAACGGUCCGGAGAAGAAGAAGAGCCGUCGCCCAGCAAAUACCGCCUUCCGGCAACAGCGACUAAAGGCAUGGCAGCCGAUCCUGACACCAAAGACGGUUCUGCCCCUCUUCUUUGCUAUUGGCAUCAUAUUUGCCCCCAUCGGCGGCCUGCUUCUCUACGCCAACUCUCAAGUUUCAGAGAUCCGCCUCGACUACACAAACUGCAUCGCCGACGCCAAUUCGACGUUCGGAUCCAUGCCCGACAAGAACGUCGAGGUCUCAUUCAAGAACGGCAGUGUCGCCGACGUGCAGGCCCAGUGGCGCAAGGAGACGGGCGUAACUGUCAACCUCACCUCCACCGUGAGCGUCAGCACCGACGUCUGCCACCUGCGCUUUAGCAUCCCGGCCGACAUGAACCCGCCCGUGCUCUUCUACUACCACCUCACCAACUUCUACCAGAACCACCGGCGUUACGUUGACUCCUUCGACGCCCAGCAGCUCAACGGCGAGGCGCGGUCUCUCUCCGACAUUGACAACUCCAAGUGCACGCCGCUCAAGUCAAAUGAUCAGAAGCCCAUCUUCCCCUGCGGACUCAUUGCCAACUCCAUGUUCAACGACACCUUCUCCAGCCCGGUCCUCCUGAACCCGCCCGGCGCGGACGGCGCAACGCCCCGCGUGUAUAGUAUGAGCAAUGACACAAACAUUGCGUGGGCCAGCGACAAGGACCUGUACUCACCGACCAAGUACAACUACACACAAGUCGUACCGCCGCCCAACUGGCACGUCCGCUAUCCAGACGGAUACACGAAGGACGACGGCCCCCCGAACCUGAAGACCUGGGAGGCCUUCCAGGUCUGGAUGCGAACCGCCGCCCUGCCCGACUUUAGCAAGCUGUACCAGCGCAACGACAACGACAGCAUGCAAAAGGGCACGUACGAGAUUACGAUCAACGACUACUUCAAGGUGAAAGAGUUUGGCGGCACCAAGUCGGUCCUCAUCACCACCCGCACCGUCAUGGGCGGUCGCAACCCCUUCCUCGGCAUCGCCUACAUCGUCGUCGGCGGCGUCUGCAUCCUCCUCGGCGGCGUCUUCACCGCCACCCACCUCAUCAAGCCCCGCAAGCUCGGCGACCACACCUACCUCUCCUGGAACAACGCUCCGACCGCCAAGAGCAACUCCGCCGGCGGCAAUGCCACCGCCGUGGCCUCUGGUCGCGAUGCGCGUCCCGGCGAGGCAUAG